AUGGCGCCCGUCCUCCGUUCGAGACCGUCGCCCACGCUGCUGUGUCGAGCCGUGCACGUCCCGUCCGUGUACGUAGCAUGGGAUGCCGAGCUCGGAGUCAUUGCAUUGCGGCUUCGGGAGCGGCAGUUGGCGAUCACUCGAUGCGGCUUUGUCUUGGCUGGUGUGUACUUUCGCCUCAAUGAGACCGCAGCGCUCCAGCUGCCUGUCGCGCUCAAGGUCAUGGACCGUGUGCAAGUGUUACUUCAGCACGACAAUGUGGAGAGCGAGACCCGCGUGAUGAGCCAGCUGCAGACGGGCGGAAUCGAUGCGCCUCUGGCCAAUCAGUACAUGGUCCGCUGGGGAUACUCCAGUGACAUGUACAAUCACUACGUGGCUACAGAGUACGUGGCCAACGGAAGCUUGCAGGCCUAUGUCCAUCGUCGGGUGCGCCAGCUGAUGAUCCGUUACUUGCAGGAGUUUGCACAGACGUUCGGUGCAGCUCCGACGAAAGUGGAGUGCGUAUCGUAUGUGUAUCGUGGUGUAGGUCACGCGUGGAUAACAGAAGGCGUGGGGAUUUUUGAGGGGAUCGUGCGAGCGUUGAUGUACUUACACGCACAGAACGUGGCACAUUUGGAUCUGGAUGUGUGCAAUAUCGCAGUUGAUACGCGAAUGUGUCCGAGGGUUAUCGACUUGGGCAGUGCGCAGAUUAUGAAGGAGAGAUGUUGGGUGGCGGCGGGAAAUGUUGAUAUUAAGUGCAAACCGUUGUUUGUGGCGCCAGAAGUGAGAGCACAUCAGGGGAUGGCGCCACCGAGGCCAGGGUUUGAUGGCGUUGCAGCAGAUAUGUGGGCGGCGGGUGUUAUUCUUGUGCAAUGCGUUGUGUGGGGGUUCCGAGGUGGACCGACGUAUCUGGUGUUGCACACGGAUUGGCGAUCAGAGGUGUUUAGUCAUAUUGAUGCGACUUGUAGCUCCAAGACGUGUCACAUGUGUGUGAAUUACAUCUCCAUUCCACCUCUUAUCGGUGUCAUCAUCAAGCAGUUGCUCCAUGUGGAUCCAGUACGGAGACCUUCAGCGUACGAAGUUGCUAUUGCAUUGCAGAAAAAUCGGCAAGUGUAA